CCUCGUGCUGACGUCACACCGGGGACCCGCCACAAUGUCAAACACUCACGAGCAGCGCGAGCUCAUGGCCUCCACGCGCCACCGUGUCCCGGACUCCCGCCGCCGCCGCCGCGUGCCGCUGCUCGUCUCCGGUCUCCGUUAACGGCGCAGCUCGGCGUCACGGGACGGUGACGGUGUGUGAGGUGUAUGUGAGUGUGUGAGCCAGGUCAGAGGUCAUGCUGCGGAGGGAGUCAGACUCCCACGGCCUCUUUUCCUCCGGAGAGACGUUCGACAAUGACUGUGAGAUGGGGGCGAGUUGUGCAGAUGCAGUGUGUCUGUGCGAGGCCGGUCCCUGUACACUGUACUCUGAAGCACACACGCCCACGCCGGACACACUGCUGUGUGAACUCUGUGGAAGAAACAGGGUAACGGUAACCAGGUACUCCGAGGGAUACGGCACAGAGGAAGAGUGUUUGCUAUCUGACCCUCAGGGGGAGAGUGAUGCCGAUGCUGACAUAGAGGACACAGACUGCAGACUUCAGGAGCCGGGUUCCCUCCAGCGAAUCAGCUCACGGAGGCGUAAGCGUCCACGGGUCGCGCGGCAAGACACCACGGAGAGCGAAGACGAUGGUGGGAGGAGUCACAGAUCCCAUCGCUGGAACCUCAGGCUCAGUCCUGACAGAGGCCGCAGCAGGACCAUACUGGAGGAGAGCGUGUCACAGGUGAGGCCGCUGAUCAUCUGCCGACCAAACGUGGAGAUGCAGCGGAGCCGGGUGGAUCUGCCCCGAGGCUCCAAACUGACGUCACUGUGGCCGUCAUCCCUCUCUCUCCCUCUCCUCCUCCUCCUCUCUCUGCCCCUCUCCCUCUCCCUCGUCAUUGUUAUCGUCUCCUUCCUCCUCCCCUGGGCGAGGGCUUGACCCCGACAUCUCUGCUGCAUCAUUCCAAAAAUUAGAAAAAGUCCUAGACAGCACAACUGAUGUGGUGGUGUGCUUUAUUUUGAAAAGGUUAGUAGACCAAGUGUGGGCGAUUUCACACCUUCCUGUUUGGUUCGGACCUUCUGACUUUUCAGUUAAGUCCAAACCAAAGUGACAGGUGUGAACCGUUCCUCGGACCACGGUCUGGACCAACGCACCUUUGGACCAACAGCAGGACGUUGCCCAGGUUUGCAGGGACACUUGUCUUCACCUCCAACGUUAUAAUGUUUGAACGACGAGCACCUGAAGCUGCCUCACGUUCAGGACAUAGACGGGAUUCAAAUGCCGUUUCUCUCUAAUCCCCAGUUUAAAAAGAACACAACAGAGUUUGCAGUCGAGAGGACAGAUCUGUGAGUAGUUCAAGGACGGGUUAAGAUGAUAAUAUUACAGCUGCAAUGAAAUGAACACAAUUAAUCACCUCAUUCAUUUUCUCCAUUCAAACAAAAAGACGAUAAUCUUCCGAGCUGAUAACACACAGACGUCAAGUUUAGGGUAGAUGAAGACGACAGGUCGUACAGGUCAUCGAAAAUCCUUCAGUCCAGAGUUACAACAUGAAACCAGAAGCAACCGGAUCAAAAGAAUCAAAGGCAUGAAGCUCGGACCACGGUCCAGACUCCCUGGAACAUUUACAGACGCUGAAUAUGUCAAGAUAAUUACAUGUGUGUUUUAUUUCUGAACGUGUUCACAAUGAAAACAACAUGAACUCAGCGUUUGCUUUCUGCCUCGUGAGAUCUCACCUCGCUCCCUCACCCCCUCGUUUGUAAAAAUAGACCUCUCAUCUCAACGCUGCCACAGGAGCGGUGUGUUGUUUAGAAGGGGGGGGGGGGUGCUAAGGUUUCAAGGCUCCGCAAAUACUUUAACACAAAGACAAAAUUGCAUGCUCCAUAGGAAAACAUGUCAAACACGACGCUGCUGCCAAACUAUGCAAACCCUCUGCUCCUGCGGUGAAACGUGUCCUGUGUCCUCGACCCUUUCACCGAUGCAGGGACUAAAAUAAGAGCACGACCUAAUUUAAGAAGCAAUAGUUGAUGAUGUGUGAUCUACAGUGCAUGUGCUCUCUGGAUGUACAUGUGUUAUUUUACUUGUGAAGAGGUGGAUCCCUCUUCUCCCCCCCCCCCCCUGGCUGCACUUGUAUAUUUUAGUAAAAUGACCUCAAAAUAAAACGAGCUUUAGUGGAACUUUACUAUGUUAAAGUCAUUUAAACUCUUUUCACAGUCUUACAGUCAAAACAUUACUCUGGUGUUUAACAGUAUUUAUGUUUAUGAAUGAUUAUUUAAGAGAGAAAGUGAGUUUGACAAUCAGUCGUGCUUCUUACUGUGAAGAGCCAUUUUGCUCAGUGAUGUAAAUUAAAGCUCAAGUUGUUUGUGUUUGGAUUCUCACACCACACUGAAGCUGCUCGCAUCCACGUGAAACGUGUCUGUUUCUGAAAACAUCAGGUUGAAUGAGCUGAUUUCAUUCGUGUUCAAGACCUUGUUUGGUUCCAGUCGGUUGUGAAGCCCGUCUGGAGUUUGAUUUGUCUGUAAUGUGUCCUCACCUCUGUUUCAU